AUGUUCUUCAAAAUAGGCAUCAUCCUCUUGGUGAUAACCUUGAUAAGAGCUGAAAAAUUAACUCUAGCAGAUAUCGAUGAUUCAAUUACCCUAAACUCUGAUGUCAUCACCAGAAAUGCUGCCCAAGCUUACAGACUACCAGUUAACGUGAUUCCUCUAGAAUAUGAUAUAUUUAUUGACCUAUUCUUUUCGGAAAACAGAGACAAACCCUUUAGCUACAAUGGCAAAGAGAAUAUUAUUAUACAAGCAGUGGAGAGAAAUGUCAAUCAAAUAGUACUACAUGCUAACGUUGAUAUGAUCAAUGCUGUUUCUCUAACAACAGACGAUGGAAGAAUAGUAACAAUGAACGCAAAUCAACCUUUCUUUUUGGAACGGCAAUACCAUUUCUUGAGAAUAAAUCUGAUUGAAACGUUAGAAGUUAACAAGAACUAUACGUUAAUGAUUGACUACUCGAGCACUAUGAAUGAUGGGCCGAUGAAGAGAGGCAUUUGGCGGGGAUGGUAUAAAGAUGCUGAUGGCGUUGAAAGAAUAUACGCAACAACACACUUCCAACCCUAUAACGCCAGACAAGCUUUUCCUUGUUGGGAUGAACCGUUAUUUAAGGCAGUUUUCAAAGUUCAUUUAUCUGCGCCUCAAAGCUACUCAAAAGUUUUCUCAAACACAGACAUAGAAUCAGUUACAACUGACCUGACAUCUGGACGUAGUACAACCAACUUCUACGCUUCACCCGUAAUGUCUUCUUACCUUGUAACAUUCCUUGUGAGUGAAUCAUUCCAAGUGAUUGCCGAAGACAAAUCCUUUAAUCCUCCAAUCAGGAUAAUUGGCAGAUCCAAUACUAUGGGACUCGCUGACCACGCUUUACAUUUAGCGGUGAAAAUGACUGAAUUCUUUGACAGUUACUUUGAAAUCCCAUACUCUUCCCUUCAUCCAUAUUUACUGAAUGAUCAUAUUUCCUCACCUGAUUGGGCAUCAGCUGGAACUGAAAAUUGGGGUAUGGUAAGCUACAGAGAGUUAUAUUUAGUAAUAGACCCCCGUGAAACGAUUAUGUCAGUAGAACAUUACGCAGCAACAUUAGUAUCACACGAGUUGGCUCAUAAAUGGAUGGGCAACCUAAUUACAUGCUAUUGGUGGAGUAACACUUGGAUCAAUGAAGGCUUUGCUAGUUAUUUUGGAUAUAUAGCAACUCAUGCUGUAUUCCCUGAAUAUGAAUUACAUGAACAUUUCAACUCAAGAUAUUUACAAAACAGUUUGUCGUUUGAUUCUGGCGUGUCCACGGUGCCCCUGAAUCAUGACGUGAAUACUCCAGCCCAGGUGACCGGUCAUUUUGGAACCAUAAGUUAUUCUAAAGGCGCUGCAUUCCUUAGAAUGCUUGUGGAUAUGAUUACGCCGGAAACGUUUAGGAAGGCCUGCAAAUACUUCUUAACAGACAAUGCAUAUCAAGCAACGGACCAAUACGACCUCUACAAUGCUUUUGCUAAAGCCAUACGAGAAGAUGGCUCUUUGAACAGCUAUCAACACUUCAAUUUCACCGACUUUUAUCGCAUUUGGGUAAAUGAGGCUGGUUAUCCCAUCUUGAAUGUCGAGGUCAAUUAUGCAGCGGGUGAAAUUCAACUGAGCCAAGAAAGGUUCUUCUUAAGUGGAACAGCGCAACCCACAGGCCAAAUAUAUCCGAUACCAAUCACAUAUUCCACCAAGUCGAAACCUGAAUUCGAAAACCUAAGACCUGCUUUGAUGAUGACGGGUAACAGGGCUGUGCUGCGAACAAAUACUGCUGAAGAAUGGGUUAUGUUCAACCAUCAACAACAUGGUCUUUAUAGAGUCAACUACGAUGAGAAGACGUGGAAUUUAAUAGCUGAUGCCUUAUUGGAGGAACCUGAAUCUAUUCACUAUUUGAACAGAGGUCAAGUCGUAGACGACGUAUUUGCUCUAAUGAGAUCCGGAAGAAUGACGUACGAUUUUGGCUUCAAAAUCCUUCGAUUCCUUCGCAACGAGGUUAACUACCACGUUCUGAAUCCCGCUAUUUCUGGCUACACCUGGCUACGUAAUCGUUUCGCACAUAUGCCGGAAACGCAAUCUACUUUUGAUGCUCAUAUUCUUAGCUAUUUGGAACACGCUAUUAAUACGUUAGGCUUUGAACCAGCCGCUAAUGAAACCGCAACUACGAGUCUUACUCGGCAAGAAGUUCUGCAUUUUGCUUGUACAAUGGGACAUGAACGAUGUGUAACGGAAUCCAAAAACCGAUUCGCUGCUAUGAGGAGGGGGACAUGGAUUGAUCCUCGCAUCCGACGUAACGUAUAUGUAGUUGGUGUAAGAGAGGGAGGCGCUGACGAUUUUAACUUCCUUCUAAAUCGCUUCCACUCAUCCAACUACGCAAAUGAUCAACUGGAGAUGUUAAGGGGCUUAGGUGCCACUCGGGACCCGCAGCUUCUAACUAGAUAUCUCGAGCUAACACUGACGAAAGAAGUUAGAUCACAUGAUAAAGUCAACUCAUUUAACUAUGCACUCUUGGGUAAUAGAAUAAAUGCUGUUACUGUUCUACAGUUUGUCAAAAAUAACAUCGAAGCUAUAAGAAAGGAAUACGUAGAAGACGCACCACCAAACCCAGUUCACACGGCACUCUCCAAUCUAGCUGGCUACUUGGAUGAAGAAUAUUUAGUUGAGUAUGAAACCUGGCUUCGCACUACUCAAAGCAACUCAGCACAGUUCAGCACUGCCAUAUCCGCAAUAAACUCCGCCCGAAACAACAUGGCUUGGGGAACAGCGAAUGCUGACAUUGUUCUGUCAGCUACUAGAUCAGGAGCGACUAGCGCAGUCAUUUCAUCUACAUUGCUAUUGAUCGUUACUCUUGCUUCUGUUACUUUCUGA